AGUGAAUCCAUUUUCACAAUCCUAGCGAAUUUCAAGAGAAUGCGGGAAGAAGUCCACCCUGUCCUCUCCACAAGCAAAUAAAACCCCACGACCGAAUCUCUCUGCCACUUUAGUAACUUCCCGGAGAAGCCGAACCAAAAAAUGGAGUCGACAAUGGCCAGGCAUACUUGCCUGAAGCUUGAAAUCCCCGAACCAAUCUUCAUAAAAGGCACUUGGUUUCCCUAUCACUUCAAUCUCUCCAUCACCGACGGCCUUAAUUCCUGGUUCUGCAACGCAACGGAAGAGGAGGUGAGAGAUAGAGCAGCACAAUGGGACCAACCUGUGUCUACCUACAUUCAAUUGGCCGAGAAACAUUUAGGGUUUCAAAUUCCCGGUUCUGUUUACAAAUUUACUGAUGCUGGAGAGGGGAAUAAACGAUUGUCGUGGACUUUUGAGAAAGAAGGGACAAAGCUGGAAUGGCGAUGGAAAUGCCAGCCCUCGCCUGAUACUAAGAAGACUACUACUUUAAUCUUGGAUUUUCUUAUGGAUGCUAACAUCAGACUAAGUAUGGGAAAGAGUAAGGAAGUUAAAACAUCCUAUGAAACUGAGAAUAAUUUAGCCAUGGAUGUAUUGGAUCGAGGAAUUGAAACUGAAUGUAAAGCAGUUAAGGCUGUGUGGAGUAGAAGGAGUACACAUAUAUUUUGUGAUAUUUGUAUCCAAGCUGUUCAGAUGGGCUUGCGACCUGGGACUCAUUUCUCUAAACAUGGAUGGAGGUAUGUUAUUGGACAAUUUGAGAAACAGAGUGGACAAAGUUUUACCAAGAAGCAGUUGAAAAACAAGUGGGAUGGGAUAAAGAAGGACUGGAAGAUUUGGAAAUCUUUGCUAGGUCAAGAAAACGAACUUGGUUGGGAUCCCAAUAAACAAACAGUUGCUGCCUCUGAUGAUUGGUGGGAUGAAAAGAUCAAGGCAAUGCCAGCAGCUGAAAAAUUCCGAAAUUCGGGUAUUGAGCCUGAUCUUUGUUCCAAAUAUGAUUUCAUGUUCACUGGAUCAAGUGCUUGGCCCACCUCUUCAGCUGUUUUUAUAGACGAGGAGGAAAAUGAUGGCAAUCUCAUGCAACCUGAUGUUAAUAUUGAACCAGCUGUGCAUGUGGAAGGGAGUGGUGAUUUAGGGGAUGAGCCUACUUUUGUGGAGAGUUUGGACGAGAUGUUGAAUGCUGCAUGUGUAGACCGGGAUUCCCUCCAGAUUGAGGAGCAGGGAAAUGACAAGAAACAAAAGAGAGUUGAUGAAUCUGGCACACAAUCAGUCAAGAAAGGAAGGAAUCAAUCAGGAGGCACAGUGAAGUUAUCCCGCAAACUUGACAGGUUGAUGGCCACUGUUGAGAGUGGGGGUAGUGUCACUUCGAGGAGGAGAGAUGCUCAAGGAUGUAGCAUUAUAGAGGUCAUGGAUGAAUUGCAUUCUAUGCCAGACAUUGUGAAAGGCAGCGGCCUUCAUGUAUUUGCUUCAGAGUUUUUCCUAUUAAGGACUAGAAGAGAGAUGUGGUUUGCAAUGAGAGAACCAAAAGCCAAAAUAAAUUGGCUAAAGACUAUGUAUGAUAAAUCUGUAGCAAAUCAGUAGGUUGGCUCAAGGUUUUCUUGCCUUUUCAUGUUUAUUUCUGGCGUUGCCAGUGGUUUGAGUUGCUUUGCAGGUUCUACAUUUUUUUCUGGUAUUAUGAACAGUUCCAUCAUGUUUGCUUGUAUUGACCAGGGCUGUCUGUUUGUGAUAAUUAGGCGUGUUUGUAGACAGUGUUAUUUAUGAUGUUUAUUUUGACAAAAUAUCCA